GCGUGCGCUUCAUUCCAGUACACGAGCCCGAGCGAAGCAGACGCUCCGCACAUUCGCUCUCAGGGAAUAAAAAAAAAUCCCCAACCCUUUCAGACCGCGGGGCGCUGCGUCUCCGGAGGAAUACCAGCCGAGCGCGGACGCAUGUCAGAGCGCACAUGCCUUUCUGGGGACUGCACGCCAUGGCUCUGACACAAGUGCGUCUAUCGCUGCUUCUCUGACCACGCAGAAAAGUCGUCUUUGGAUCUCCUCGCGAAGGCGGUUGUUUCUUGGUUGUUUUAUUUUGUUUUCUUUUUGUUUUCCUUUUCCCUCCCGCCAUUGACUCACAACGAAAUAUUGCUGGAAAUAUCCUCCGGAUGGUGACCGCGGACUGGACUACCUGUUUUCAGCCGCUUCGCCCCGUACCGAAGGGAAGGGACUGGGAGACUGGUUUAAGAAGGCACGUUGGAGAUCACUGAAAACCGAGACGGGCUACCAAAUUCACUCAUUUGACACCAAGGGUGUCAUUCCCCCUCUUGACACGCACACACACCUUGAAGGCGUUUUUGGUGAAUGGGGGUAACUCUGGUCCCAGAGGCUUGACACUGCGGGAACCGGGACGGGACUGAGUGCGCGGAGCGUGGGAUCACCCAGGAUAGUGUGUCUCCGCGGGUCUGUUUACAUGUCCGAUCUGACUCCUUCAUGACGAUGGAUUACUUUCUGUUUUUAUGCACCCUCUUGCUGCCGGUGGUGUCCACCGUAGAAGAGACGCUGAUGGACACAAAGUGGGCCACGACAGAAUUAGCCUGGACUGCACACCCUGAGACCGGGUGGGAAGAGGUCAGCGGCUACGAUGAUGCCAUGAACCCCAUCCGCACGUACCAAGUAUGCAACGUACGUGAGCUCAACCAGAAUAAUUGGCUACGCAGUGACUUCAUCCAGCGCAAGGAUGUGCUGCGCGUAUAUGUGGAGAUGAAAUUCACAGUGCGCGAUUGCAACAGCAUUCCCAACAUACCAGGUUCCUGCAAAGAGACCUUCAACCUCUUCUACUAUGAGUCAGACUCAGACUCAGCCACAGCCACCAGCCCUUUCUGGAUGGAGAACCCUUAUGUGAAGGUGGAUACCAUUGCCCCAGAUGAGAGCUUUUCCAUGCUUGAGACUGGGCGGGUCAACACAAAGGUUCGAAGUUUCGGGCCGUUGUCCAGAGCCGGGUUCUACUUGGCCUUCCAGGAUCUUGGUGCCUGCAUGUCACUAAUCUCAGUGAGGGUCUUUUACAAAAAAUGCUCCACCACCAUUGCCAACUUUGCCGUUUUUCCGGAGACGGCAACCGGGGCCGAGGCAACCUCCUUGGUCAUUGCGCCGGGAACGUGUGUCCCCAAUGCUCUGGAGGUGUCCGUGCCGUUAAAGCUCUACUGCAAUGGAGAUGGCGAGUGGAUGGUCCCUGUAGGAGCCUGCACUUGCGCAUCUGGCUUUGAAUCAGCCAUGAAAGAAACCCAAUGUCAAGCUUGCAGCCCUGGCACCUUCAAGUCCAAACAAGGAGACGGCUUCUGCUCGCCCUGUCCAGCCAACAGCCGGGCCAGCUCAGGGGCUUCCAGUGUUUGCUCCUGUCGAAACGGUUACUACCGCUCCGACGCCGAUUCUGCUGACUCCCCGUGCACCACUGUUCCCUCCGCACCGCGCAGCGUCAUCUCCAGCGUGAACGAAACCUCACUCGUGCUGGAAUGGAGUGACCCGCGGGACCUGGGAGGCCGCGAAGACAUUUACUACAACGUCAUCUGUAAGAAGUGCCUGCCUGAGCGAGGAAUGUGCUCACGGUGUGAUGACAACGUGGAUAUCUCGCCGCGGCACCUGGGCCUGACCCAGCGCCGCGUCACCGUCCGUAACCUCCAGGCCCACACGCAAUACAGCUUCGAGAUCCAGGCGAUGAACGGCGUCUCCAACAAAAGCCCCUACACGCCCCAGUUCUCUGCAGUGAACAUCACCACAAAUCAGGCUGCUCCCUCUGCAGUGCCCAUAGUUCACCUGAUGGCGGCCACGGUGAGCACUAUGAGUCUGUCCUGGCUGCCUCCAGAGAAACCCAAUGGAAUCAUUCUGGAUUAUGAGAUUAAGUACCAUGAGAAGGUAAGCAGCAAUGAUCAGGGCGAGGCCAUUGCCCACACCAUGACUGCACAACGGAGCAACGCCCGCAUUGAAGGCCUCAAGGCCAGAACCCCCUAUGUGGUUCAGGUCCGUGCCCGGACAGUGGCCGGUUACGGCCGUUACAGCAGCCCAGCCGACUUCAGCACCAACUUUAAAAAUGACGACCAAAAGUCAUGGCAUGAUCAGCUGCCCCUCAUCGUGGGAUCAGCCACUGCUGCCUUCGUCUUCAUCAUUGCAGUCGUGGUCAUCGCAAUUGUCUGCCUCAGAAAGCAGAGAAACGGUUCUGAGUCGGAGUACACAGAGAAACUGCAGCAGUACAAAUCCCCAAUAGUAACACCUGGAAUGAAAGUCUACAUUGACCCCUUCACCUAUGAGGAUCCCAACGAGGCGGUGCGAGAGUUUGCCAAGGAAAUCGACGUCUCCUGCGUGAAGAUCGAGGAGGUCAUCGGCGCAGGUAACCCACCAAAGCUCCUGAGCUACAGGGGGAAGACUGCUAGUCACCUCCAGGCCAUACCGUUAGAGGACUUCACAGCAAGCGGAGAGUUCGGAGAGGUGUGUCGCGGUCGCCUCAAGCUGCCUGGGCGCCGGGAGAUCAUCGUAGCCAUCAAGACUCUAAAAGUGGGCUACACUGACCGCCAGAGGCGAGACUUUCUGUCCGAGGCGUCCAUCAUGGGUCAGUUUGACCACCCCAACAUCAUCCGCCUGGAGGGUGUGGUCACCAAGAGUCGGCCAGUGAUGAUCGUGACCGAGUUCAUGGAGAAUGGAGCACUGGACUCCUUUCUACGGCUCAACGAUGGGCAGUUCACAGUGAUCCAGCUGGUCGGGAUGCUGCGUGGCAUCGCAGCAGGCAUGAAGUACCUGUCGGACAUGAACUACGUUCACAGGGACCUGGCUGCCCGUAACAUCUUGGUCAACAGUAAUCUAGUGUGUAAGGUGUCCGACUUCGGCCUGUCUCGCUUCCUCGAGGACGAUCCCUCAGACCCCACGUACACCAGCUCACUGUAUUUCAUGCUCACCUACUCAUUCGCAUAUCCACAGGGGGGCAAGAUACCCAUCCGCUGGACGGCUCCCGAGGCGAUUGCCUACAGGAAGUUCACCUCGGCCAGUGAUGUGUGGAGCUACGGCAUCGUCAUGUGGGAAGUGAUGUCGUAUGGCGAGCGGCCGUACUGGGACAUGAGCAAUCAAGAUGUGAUAAAUGCCGUGGAGCAGGACUAUCGACUGCCCCCACCCAUGGACUGCCCCACAGCCCUGCAUCAGCUCAUGCUGGACUGCUGGGUCAAAGAGAGGAACCUACGACCCAAAUUCACCCAGAUUGUGGCCACGCUGGACAAGCUUAUCCGCAACGCCGCCAGCCUCAAGGUGGUCACCAACAGCACGCAGUCCACUGGGGUAUCCCAGCCCUUGCUUGACCGCUGUGUGCCAGACUAUACUACUUUUACCACUGUGGGGGACUGGCUGGACGCCAUCAAGAUGAGCCGCUACCGUGACAACUUUGUCAAUGCCGGAUUUGCUUCCUUUGACCUGGUGGCCCAGAUGACAGCAGAGGACCUGCUGCGGAUAGGGGUGACGUUGGCCGGCCAUCAGAAGAAGAUUCUCGGUAGCAUUCAGGACAUGAGACUGCAGAUGAACCAAACACUUCCCGUCCAGGUGUGAGCGACAGGACAGACAGAUCGAUGCAGUCGAAGGACAGCAAGAUAGGAAAAGGGGGGAGGAACUGUGCCAGAGAGAGACAUUGGAAAACCCUAGCUGCCUGCCCCAUCUCUGCCCAUUAGACGCUAUGAAACUGGCUUGCAGUGCCUCUGACUAUUUUUUUUUGUCGUUAUUUCACUACCACUUUCACUUCCUGUUCCUGCUUUUUUGUUAUUCCUCAUUUUUUCUUUUUCCAUCCAAUUGGAAUUUGUGUGUUUUUUUAAAGAGGAGAAAGAGUUACCCCCCCCCCCCCCGCCGCCCCUCCUCCCUUAUAUUCCAUGCGUGCCUCACCUGCUGUGGUGUGGGUUGACAAUUGCAUGCAUGUGUGUUUUAGUGAGGUUGGCCUCAGCCCUGUAACUGAAAUGUCACACUCUGAUCCUCACUCGAGAGCCCGUCCCUGUGACCCCCCCCACCCCAGCUUUGAUGGACAUCAUAUAUAGUAAGUAAUGAACGCCCUGGUCUGAAAAAACGUGAAGAAAAGGUUCACAAAAAAACAAAAAGCAGAGGUUUUUUUUGCACCCACAAGAAAUAGAGGACAGUCCUUUCCCUGAUAGAAGUUGUGUAACUGUGCACGUGUGUGUCGUUCUCCAUCUUCAUAUUGAAGGUGUGUGAUGUAAAAGGGCAUUUGCUGGAGAAGGGUGAGGCACAAGGAAGAGGAGAAAUGAUGGGCUGAGAUCAAAGGUCAAGUAGAUGAUAGGGGUCAAAUAGGUCAAAGAAGGACAGCCGCAGUUUUGGACACUUGUUUUGGCUGUUGAAUCCUCACACGGUCAGCAGAUGACCUCUGACCUGAAGUGACUCAGAAUAGCUCCACAGCAUCAUCCAGUGUGUUUUUACAGAUAAAUGUUCUAUUUUUGUUUGUCCACACACCUUUUUUUCUUAUUUUUUUUUGGCUUUCUUACACAUUUUUGGGAGAUUUGUGGUUUUAAAAUGGCCGGUCAACCCCAAGUACGCCCACUGGACACUUUUUGUGAUUAAGGGGUGACAAGGACUGUGGCAACAAUAUAGAAAGACCACUCGGCCUUUUGUGUGCGUUUUUGUAUGUGUGCGUGCGCAUGUGUGCGUAUAUGUGUGAUUAAGUGUGCUUGGAUGUGUGAGUAUGUCGAGUUGCACACAAGUAUACUGUACAAUACAGCUUCCGCUAUUUGCCACCGUGGAGAAUUAACGCAUGAACUGACCCGUGACAAGGAGCAAAUAUAUCUGAAACAAUUACGCUAUAUUCUGUGGACAACUGUUAAACAUUCUUUUUUAUUGAAUCCCAAAAAAAAAGUUGACUUAGGGGACAAACUGAGAGAAACUAUGAUGGACACCUUACCUUCAACGUACUAUUAUCUGGAUUUAGAAAUAAUCAAAACUUUUGUUUUAAUUUCUGGAAAUCCUGCCCUAUGUAUUUAUUUGUACCCCCCCCCCCCCCCGAACCCCCCACACCCCAUCAACACCCAAAUGGACUGAAUUUGGGACGGACUUGAAACAAUCACAAGGAAGAGAAACUCCGAGAGGAUUCACCUUAUGAAUUGCUGAGUAUUAAACAAAAGGAAAUGCAUAUAAAUUGGAUAUUGUAUUUUUGUUGUUGUUCUAAACAGCUUGUACAUGUUUUCUAACAAAAAUACGAUAAAUAACAAAGAAAAAUGGUGUUUUGACAAAAUGGAAUUGUUGUUGUGAGAUGUUUGAUUCAGAGUGAAAUCAACAGCAAGUAAAGUACUAAGAGAGAGGAUGGGGGAAGUCAAGUGGCAGAGGAAGAGGUUAAUAGCAUGUCACCCUUUUACUCUUCCGUCCGUUGUUGUAAGUAUCUGUGCCCGAUUCUGUUCACGUUUAUUUGUGCCAGCCGAACUGGAUUAUUAAGCUUCGCCAAUCCGUUGUCAUUCAUCUGUGAAGCACUUUGCUUUUCUUCAAAUCAAUCACCCCUCAAACAACUCAAAUGUGGCCCACACACACCGAUGCUCAUGAUCACCUCCAACAAUGAGAUCCUCCCGAUCCAUCUUAUGCUGAACUGUUAAGGAGCAUCCAGGAGGAUUGUCCACAGGUGAUGAAGCCUAACUGCGCACUCAGUUUGAUUGCAGUUGAGGCUGAGCAGUUGAUCCGUUGUUUUCCCGCAACAGGACCCUCAGCAGAGAGUCCCGAGCCGUCAGGAGAAAACCUAUUGGUCUUUGUCUGUCAGGUCGAUUAAUGCAGCAGCCGAUCUGGCAUCGCGAGGCCACGGGCAUGCAGUGAGCGCAGACAUACGGCUGGCUGACCUAUCAUUAUCUCUCUUCAUUUCCUGUCUGGCCUGCAAUCAUCCUGUCUCAGCCCAGGCUGCUGCUUGAUUGGUACAGUGCAGGAUCAACAGCCCUGGCACGAAGAAAGCCAAAAUCUGCAGAGCCCCUCUUCCCUAAGUGAUAGCAGCUGCAUCAAGACGCCAUACUGUUUGCACCUCUCACAGGGGGGGGGGUUGAAGGUUUUAGGAUUAAAGGAUAGAGUUGCACCAAUGGUGUGUUCUUCCAGAUAUUCAUCCUAUUUUUUGGGUUUGAGCUGAUCAAUGCAAUACAUUAAUAUAAUUAGUUAGGUGUAUAAUGAUGACUUAAUGUUAGCGGCCAUGCUGUGUCUUCCCAUAUUAUUUUGUCAGACUUUCUUGAGUACCUUUAAAAGCCAUGGAGGAUAUUAUGCAAAACAACAAUGUGUUUCCAGUUUUUAUAUUGUUUUAUCUUUUUCCUCACAUGGAUGUUUUCAAUUCUGCACAUUAGGAGGGUUACUAACCCACAGUAAUGUAACUGUUGUGAAAACAAAUUAUACGGGAAGUAUCAUAUUGCUAUUUGUUGUCAACCCAGAUUUCUAUUACAAUGACUGUAGAACAAAAGCAGAGGUAUCGUCAGAUGUAUUAACAUAAUGAAAAUGUGGUGAAAGAGUCUAUUAGAUGAGCAAAUACUUUAGUUUCUCCCAAAGCAAAACACAAUUGUGUAAGGGAAAGAAAAGAGCAGAAUUGAUGUUAUCGGAGGGUGACUUUCACAAAUAGUCUCACGGGAAUAUACGAUACUAUACUUCCCGAUGCCCUCGGCUCAAUCAUUCAAUCAUUUAAGCCCCUCUAUUACAAAGUCACACGCGGCACCAAAAUGAGACAACGUUGACGAGCGUAAACAUUAAGCUGGGGUUGAAUUUGGAGGCUAAACACAAUCAGAUGGCAGACGUUCCCACUCUUAAAAAUGUCAGCGCUUCGGAGCUUCAUGAACUAUUGAUGAGGUGCACAUGGUUUACUGGGGUCUGGAGUUAUGUUCACUAAAGUCAACCAGGCGUGAGUGAUGAGCUCAACUGCAAACCAUUAUUCUUUAACUGGAUUUUCACACAUCCAUGGGAGUGUUUCAUUUUUUUUUAAAUGACAGAAAGGAAAGAGGCUUCUGACUGCACCCGUGGCUGAAAUUCAGAUGCUUUGUUGUGUUUGUGUGUGUGAGAGAGUGUGAGAGAUAAAAUCAUUUCCAUUUUUUAGUACAGAACAGUAGAGUUUUGCGUCAGAUAUCUCUUUGCGUGCUGAUAGGAUUCAAACUAUCCCAACUCCUUUGCUCCUUUUUCUUCCUAUUCCACACAGUCCAAGGACUGUCAAACACACCCAGUCAGUUGUCUGUUUAAAUAAAAAAUAUUGUCUUUUAUGUCUUCUAACAAGCUCACUCCACAUCUGUCUUUUAGUCCUUUUUGGCCCCAUCUUCAUACAAGUAAAGGAGAUGUUUCAGAGGAUACUUUUUGUGUAUAGAGUGAUCUGCGAGUAAAGCGCUGAGAAAUGCAAUUGUUAAAUCUUCUUUAAAAGCAUUAAGAUGUAUUUAAUGCUGCAGACAUACACAACAAAUUACUAAAAAAGUGAUGAUGAAUUCUUGUAGAAAUAUUUUUAAAAUACCUUUUUGCAAUUAAAUUAUUUAAGAAAUGUU